GUGACCAUUACUGCGUACAAAGAGUUGCCUAAAAUAGAGAGCUUUUGUAAGGCGGGAAGACAGGCGAGGGACGAGGUGGGGGCGGGGCGGUCGCCGGCUGCCCGGCGGCUCAGUCGCGCCGCGCCUCACAGCCGCCUCGCACGCCGCAUCACGGAGCGUGCCUCUCGGACAGCGCACGCGCACGCGAUACCUCCCCCGCCGCGCCCCCCACACUACACGUGCACAAAAUACCAGUGGAAGUCUACAGAUGGUAUCGGCCCCACAUUGAAUACAGUUUCACAAUGCAAGAACAAAGUUCGUCGAGAUCCAGCAAGUCCACGUUAAACUCUUUGGAAAGCGCCAUCAUCAAGCUGAAGAACAAUUUGCAGAUACAGGACACCAAAACAACAGACAUGAACGGUUUGUUGGCAGCUGACCCACCGUCGCCUCAUGCGGAUACAAAAACAAAUGCAAGUAAGAGCCCUAGUUCUUCUCCAUCCACAAACAUUAACUUAUCAAUUGCAUCAGCGGCCUUGUUACAAGAAAACAUGCUUCAAAGAUCACUACAGGGAGUAGUUAUAUCACUUCAAAAUGCAAUGAUGAAUUCAUUACAACAAGCAGCAUUGUUACCAUCAAACUCUGCUGCUGCAGCCGCAUUAAAUUUACAAGCUUUGGAAUCUUAUUUGACUCUACAACGUUUGACAUCAGUAUCGUCGGUAAACAACACAACCCAACCUAACACAUCGGAGAAUAGUUCAUCAUCUAAACAAGAUAUUUUGAGGAUAGCGACGGCAAGUGCAAAGAUAAGUGAAAUAGAUGCAUCGGAAACAUCGAAGGAAUUUUCUCCAAAAACACCUGAGGAAUACCCACUAUCUGACGCCAUUGCUGCAGAAGAUGUCGAUUUAUCCGAAGAAGUAGAAGAAGACUUGGCCCUCUUAGAUAAUGAAGAUGAAUUCACAUUAGAGCAACACUUAGAAUCAACAUCAAAAGGAUACGCGUAUAGUUCAUCACAGAAUCUAGAUAACGGAUACCCCAGUCUUCUUAUGAAUGCAAUGUAUCAACAGCAAAUGAAUGGAAGUCCAUCACAGGCGCCGUUGUCACCGCAAGCCUCGAACUCUUCAAAGUCAACAAACAGCUCAACAUCAUCGACCGGCAGUAGUGUAUCGAAUAAACAGAAGACUGGAGCAAGUGGGCCUAGAACGAAGAAACAAUUUAUUUGCAAAUUCUGUAACCGACAGUUCACCAAGUCGUAUAACUUACUCAUUCAUGAAAGGACGCACACAGAUGAACGACCAUAUUCCUGUGACAUUUGCGGGAAAGCUUUCCGACGGCAAGACCACCUGAGAGACCACAGGUACAUCCAUUCGAAGGAAAAGCCAUUCAAAUGUCUUGAAUGUGGCAAGGGCUUCUGUCAGUCAAGAACGUUAGCUGUCCACAAAAUCCUUCACAUGGAGGAGUCACCCCACAAGUGUCCUGUCUGCAGCCGAAGUUUCAAUCAAAGGUCAAAUCUGAAGACGCAUUUACUGACACACACGGACAUAAAGCCAUACAACUGUUCGUCAUGCGGGAAAGUUUUUAGAAGAAACUGUGACUUGAGACGUCACAGUCUGACACACAACCUCGUUGGAAUUUCCUCAGUAAACACAUCUCCCAGUGGAAGUAAUGGAAAGAGUCCUUUGCUUAAUCCCAACUUCCCAAUCGACAGUUUAGAUACAGAAGAUGAGAAUUAGUUGUUUUGUUUUUAGUGGCAAAUGUGAAAAGACUGAUAUUUUUACUCCUAAAACGGUGCCUUCUAGUAUUAAGACUUAGUUUACUGAUGCCACAAAAGCCUUAUUUAUUAGUUAAGAAAAGAAAAUUAAUUUUGGUUGCCUAACGGAUGUUGCCUUUAGUGUGAAAUUAAUUACAUAUUUAUGAUCUAAAUUCCAUGUUAAUUGUAUUUUCUUUUCUUUUAUUAUUCAUUUAGGGAGUGUUAAAUAGAUUCUAUCUUUGUGUUUGGCAGUGGCAAUUUUGUGUAGAAAUAUAUUCUUGGAAUAUCCUUAGGACGUUUGGGUUUUAGUAUUAUUUAGUUGUAUUUGUUUCUUUAAAUCCUGUAAAUUUUCUGAUCUCAUUUUGUGUCUGUAAAUAUAAAUUAUAGCUAAGUCAAUUUGUGCAUUCCGUCCACCUUACUGUUUAUGUAAAAAUGUUUAAUGUUUAUAAGGGUUGUGUAAAAUAAAUGUCUUCCUAUAUUUGGGGAUUAUGAAGAUCGAAUGUUAUUCGGAAUCUUUCUCAAAACUUUUGUAUUAUCUUGUUUAGAUUUUAUU